CUUUUACCCUUUUGACUGCUCAUUUCGUGCUUUAAGACCUCAAAGGGGACGGGAACUUAACGAUAACCUCUCAUUUUUGGGUCGUAAAAAUGGAAAGAAAACAUAGGUUCUUUUCGGUUGUCAGGGGGUUGUCUCCGAGCCGUUCGCGAGCCAAAAGUCCGGCGAGAAGUGCUUCACCAAUGUCGAGCUUACUGAGGGGUAGGAGGACCAACGGCAGCCACCGCCUGUCGCAGCCGGAGUCUUUGGUUUUCAGGUCCGGGAGCUUGAGGCCGGCGGAGGCUUUGUCUCCGUUGAAAGAAGGUCCCGAUCCCGAUGGAACCGACGGUGGAGAUUCGAGGAUGGAAGGUAGGUGGGCCCAGUGGAUGAAAGGCCAGCUAGCGCGCGCACCUUCCGUUUCAGCUUCAACGUGUAAACGCUCCGAUUUGAGGUUGUUGCUCGGUGUCUUGGGUGCGCCUCUGGCGCCGGUGCACGUUAGCGCUUUGGACCCUUUUCCUAUCCUCAGCAUUAAAGAUACACCGAUUGAAUCUUCAUCUGCUCAAUACAUAAUACAGCAGUAUACUGCUGCAUCUGGUGGGCAAAAGCUUCAAAAUUCGAUCCACAAUGCAUAUGCUAUGGGAAGGGUGAGAAUGAUAGCUUCUGAGUUUGAGACGGCUAACAAGGUCACAAAGAAUCGGAAUUCUUCCAAGGAUGCGGAGUCAGGCGGGUUUGCCUUGUGGCAAAUGAAUCCAGACAUGUGGUAUGUGGAACUUGCACUUGGUGGUAGUAAGGUUCAUGCAGGGUGUAACGGGAAGCUUGUGUGGAGGCACACUCCUUGGCUUGGUGCACAUGCUGCUAAAGGGCCUGUUAGACCCCUUCGCCGUGCCCUUCAGGGUCUUGAUCCAAGAACAACAGCAACCAUGUUUAGCCAUGCAAGAUGCAUUGGGGAAAAGAAGGUAAAUGGGGAGGACUGCUUUACCCUCAAGCUUUCUGCGGAUCCUGCAACAUUGAAGGCCAGGAGUGAAGGACCAGCGGAGAUCAUAAGACAUGUUUUAUUCGGCUACUUCAGCCAGAAGACGGGGCUUCUUGUGCACUUGGAAGAUUCACAUUUGACCAGAAUUCAGAAUAAUGGGGGUGUUGCUGUGUACUGGGAGACAACAAUCAAUUCAUUCCUCGAGGAUUACAGACCUGUUGAGGGAGUAAUGAUUGCUCACUCAGGUCAGUCUGUAGUGACCCUUUUCCGCUUUGGGGAAACUGCAAUGAGUCACACUAGGACCAGAAUGGAGGAAGCAUGGGUAAUUGAAGAAGUGGCAUUCAAUGUUCCAGGCCUGUCAAUGGACUGUUUCAUAACCCCAGCAGAAAUUAGACCGGCGUCAUUCAGUGAAGCCUGUGAAUUCUCUCAGGGUCAAAGGGUAAAACCAAUGUGACCGUUGAGCCGUAUCUGACCGAAGUUGGUACACUAGAAAAAAAGCUCAUGAUCCAGGUAGUAAGAAUGCUUUUGGAAGAUGGAUCUCUAAAGAAGAGGGAUUUUUGCAAAGUAUUACACAGCUGAGCUGGAUGUAAUAGUUUUACUCAACUACUUAGAAGGUAAAUUCGGAAUUGUAGUUGUCUGAAAAUUUUGUAUUGCAUCAAUGUCUCUUCAAAUUUGUAAAUACGGGCAGAACGAUGUUCCAUAUUUUCGCAGGUUAAUGCCAAUGUAGCUUUUAUCU